AUGCAGUUACCUAGAAACAGCAUAUCUACCAGGCAAAAAGACAAACACCAUCCCAAUCCCAACCUCCACAUCCCACAACAUACACACAAUCGCCUCUCCAAAGAGAAACAAGUGGACAUAAAAACAAAAAAAGAAAACAGAAGCGACAAAAAAAAGGCCCCCCAAAACCCAAUCCCUGUACAUCCUGCAUCCUCUUCUCCCCUCUCCACUCCCCACCAAAAGAAAACACAACCCACUUUUAAACCCACCAAGCAGAGCCCAGAACACCACUCCCCAUGCCACGGUACACUUCAAAGCACCACACAACACAGCAACAAAAGGACAAGGGCCCAAGCCCGACCCGACCGGGGCUCCGAAUGGGCGGAAAACGGCUUUUUCGUUCCUGGUCGCUUUCCUCCCGGAUUGUAG